GCGUGGCUUGUGGUGGUGGGGAACCCCAUAAUUAAGCAUGCAUGAUAAAGUGAACUCACUUUGUUUAAUUUAAUUCUCUUUUGGAGAUUCAUUCAUUCAUUCUUCUGUUUCAAUUUCAUUUAAGAGAGUUUGCUAUAUAUAAACAAGGAAGGAAGCCAUGCAUCCAUCCAUCCAUCCAUCCAUCAUGAUGAACAAAGGCCGCCACGCCUUGAUAGCAUUCUUGGUUCCUCUUCCAUCUAUCAUCUUCUACCUCUCAUUCAUCAAUUAUUCAAUUUACACCUGCCACCCUCUCCUAUUAGUCAAUCUCCUUUUCUUCUUCAAUGUCAAUUUGCUCUUUUGGCUCAUCGCUCAAAUCCAAUCCAGCCACUGGAUGAUUGACCCUUAUUGGACAGUGAUACCUGUGAUGCUUGUACAUUACUAUUCAUCCCACCCUUUGGCUCACUAUAAUUGCUGGAGGUCAAGAAUCGUGAUCUUGUUGACUUGGGUGUGGAGUAUUAGGCUCUUCCACAACUACUUCAGAAGAGAAAACUGGCAAUGGGGUGCCAGACAGGAUUGGCGUUUUACUGAUAUGUCCCAACAAUAUGGGAAACAUUGGUGGUGGGCUUCCUUCUUCUCCAUCUACCUCCCUCAUCAGCUAUUGCUCAUUGGAUUGUCACUUCCCUUCUAUGUUAUCCACUCCGUUAAUCAACCUUUGAGCAUGUGGGACUUGCUAGCCCUACUUCUGUGUCUAUCUGGCAUCCUCCUAGCAUAUUUUGCGGAUACUCAGCUUUACAAUUUUGUCAACAACAAAAACAAGAAGAAGGUCCUUGAGAGUGGAUUGUGGUACUAUUCUCGACAUCCCAAUUACUUGGGUGAACAACUCUGGUGGUGGGGACUUGUUGUAUUCGCUUGGAAUUUGGGACAUGGAUGGACCUUCAUAGGAGCAUUGGCUAACACAAUGUGUUUGGGUUAUGUUACCAAGCUUGUGGAACAGAGAAUGUUGAAACAACAAAACAGAGCAGAGGCAUAUAGGAUGUAUCAGAGUACAACUUCCGUAUGGAUCCCCUGUUUCAAGUUCAAUUCAUCAGCUUCUAAUUUACGUCUCAAAAAUAAGAAUGCUUGAUUCAUGCAUAUAUAUGUUUGUUGGUUCGGUGAUUCAUUGUACUGCCAUCGUCUAUAUAUUAUUUUUCUUCUUCAUUUUGUGAUGUUUGUUGAUUAUGUGACAGAGUGAGUCAUGAUCGGGCUUUAGCUAUUACAACACAUAUUUAUGUGUAGA